GGUGCCACUCACGGCUGCUUUCUUCUGUUGUUCUCGUCUGUCCUCGCGGUUCUCCUUUUGUCGCGUAGACAAUGCCUCGCGAGAUUGUAACGGUCCAGCUGGGCCAGUGCGGCAACCAAAUGGGUUCCGUAUACUGGCAGAGGCUAUGCGCUGAGCACGGCAUCAACAAGGAGGGGAUUCUCGAAGACUGGGCGACUGAAGGCGGUGACAGGAAAGACGUGUUCUUCUACCAGGCGGACGACGAGCACUAUAUUCCGCGAGCCAUUCUGGUCGAUCUUGAGCCGAGAGUCAUCAACAGCAUUCUCAGUUCACCAUUUGCGAACCUGUAUAACCCAGAGAACAUCUUUGUGUCCAAGGAUGGCGGGGGUGCAGGAAACAACUGGGCUCAGGGAUACUCAGCUGGCGAGCGAAUAUACGAGGAAGUGAUGGAGAUGGUCGACCGAGAGGCAGAGGGAAGCGAUUCUCUAGAGGGGUUUAUGCUUAUGCAUUCAAUAGCAGGCGGAACAGGUUCUGGCGUUGGCUCUUUCCUUCUCGAGCGGCUCAACGACAAAUUUCCCAAGAAACUCAUCCAAACAUAUUCGGUUUUCCCGAACGCACAAGAGGGAGAUGUCGUAGUGCAACCUUAUAACGCGCUCCUCACCCUGAAGCGACUGACGAACCACGCUGACUCGGUUGUGGUGUUGGAUAACGGUGCGCUCACGCGCAUAUCUGCGGACAGACUGCAUGUCCAAACGCCAAGCUUCGACCAGACUAAUCAGCUGGUUGCAACUGUGAUGGCAGCAAGUACCCAAACACUACGAUAUCCUGGCUACAUGAAUAAUGAUCUCGUUGGAAUCAUCGCCUCUCUUAUCCCCACACCGAGGUGCCAUUUCCUGAUGACAUCAUACACACCGUUCACCAGUGACCAGAUCGACAAGGCGAAACCUAUCCGCCGUACGACAGUUCUGGAUGUCAUGCGUCGCUUAUUGCAGCCUAAGAACAUGAUGGUCUCCACAACCCCCAGCAAGACCGCCUGUUACAUAUCCAUCUUGAACAUCAUCCAGGGCGAUGUCGAUCCAACAGACGUGCAUCAAUCGCUCCUACGAAUCCGGGAACGACAGCUGGCAAACUUCAUCCCCUGGGGCCCGGCGUCGAUCCAGGUCGCGCUCACACGCAGGUCGCCGUAUGUCCAAACGAACCAUCGAGUAAGCGGCCUCAUGCUCGCCAAUCAUACGAGCGUGGCUUCGCUCUUCAAACGGAUGAUCGACCAGUUCGACCGGCUCAGGCGGCGCAAUGCAUUUGUGGAGCAAUACAAGAAAGAAAAGAUGUUCCAAGAUGGACUAGAGGAGUUCGACGACGCGCGGGCGACCGCUGAAGAGUUGCUCAAAGAGUACAAGGCUUGCGAGAGCCCGGACUACAUCACAUAUGGUUCCGGAGAUGCAGACCAGCCGGCGUGA